AUGACAGCACAGUUCUGCUUUUUAACUCAAAUAAAGAACAAAAGAAAGUCCCCUCAUCGUUUCUUUGUUCAGUGGGGUUUGAGGCCGCUCCUCAUGUUCUUUACGAGAUACAGCAGGACUUUGACUCAGAUGUGUUUUCCUGCCCUUACACUUAUUUUAUUUCAUUUAUUAGCACUCCAUUUUACCGAAGGAGAAAUUUCCUGUAAAAAUGAGAAGGGAGAAUUUGUGGACUGGUUUCUUAUUUAUAAGUUACCAAAAUACAAAAUUAAUGAAAGUGUGGGGACCGGCCUAGAUUACAUGUAUCUCGACCCGACUCUUCCUAGCUGGCAGCGCAGCACAUUCCUGGUCAAUGACAGCCAGGGUGCCCUGUGGUACACCCUUGGGCAGCUUUAUCAGGAUCACAAGUCUAAGUCGAACACGUCUGCAUACUUGCUAUAUAAUGAUGAUCCUCCAUUGCUGGACUACAAAAAGAAUCACGGCCAUACUAAAGGGGUUGUGCACUUUGAUAUGGAGCAGGGCUUCUGGCUCAGCCACAGUGUUCCUCGCUUUCCUCCUUUUCCAGAAAGAGGAUAUGGUUGGCCUCCAACUGGGAAGCGAAAUGGACAGACGGCUCUGUGUGUGACUUACAGGGGCUCCCAGUUUGUCAGCAUAGCUGAGCAACUUUUGCUGUACAACCCCCGUGUGUAUAACUGCUCUCUACCCGAUUUCUUCAUGCCAAUGUUUUCAAAUCUGAGUAUCCUGUGCCAGGGUGUCAGACUGCCCAGCUCUGACAAGAAGCAGGCAACGAAACUGAUGUCAUCCCGUGGAGAAACGUUUGUCAACUUCGCAAAAUCGCAGUAUUAUGUGGAUGAUAUUUAUACAGCUUGGGUUGCUCAGGAUUUGAAGUCAAAUCUUCUAACAGAAACCUGGCAAGAAAAGGAGCAUGAGCUGCCACCCAACUGCUCCCUUCCAGAACAUGUCUACAAUGUGAAGCGAAUCCAAUUGCCUGGACCACAUUUCUUUUAUUCUCAGUAUGAUCACUCCAAGUGGUGUGUUUCUCAAAACUUUAAACAGCAGUGGACUUGCAUUGGUGAUCUGAAUCGGGAAGACAGGCAAGCAUGGAAGGCCGGGGGGCUUAUCUGCACUCAAAAUCCGAUAAUCUACAGAUCCUUCAGAAAGGCUGUGUCCUGGUAUAAGGGGUGCUGAGAGUCUCACCUGAAUCUGCUAAAGAGAAGGGUUGCUAAGGAUGACUUUUAGCGUCUAAACAUACUUUUAUUAAUUACGUUUGUCCCCACUUAUUGUGUUCAGUAUCAUGAAGAGACGGAAAUGGGUACAAAGUAAGGGGUAUCCAUUGAAAGGGUGUCAGUCCAUUGAAACACACUGGGGAAUAUUAGUCUAAUCUCAAUUAUUCAUUUAUUGAACCUGCUUAAUCUAACUUCAGAGUCACUGGAAAUAAAAGUCCAUGUUGGUAACAUCAAGAAAUCAGCAUUGGACAAGCUGAUCGCACCCACACACGUUCACUUGCUGAAUCCACUUCAUCCAGUUUUAUGGAAUUGAGGCCUAAGACAAAAGACAGAGAAGAUCAUUGGACAAGGCUGAUUCGCUCACUCACACACACACACACACACACACGUCCAGUCUUCUCCAAUUUGUGAUGUGCAAAGAAAAGCAAUGCCCAAACUCCACAUGCGUGCGACCAGACUGGGGUCUUAACCCACUUUCUUGGAGCUGUGAAAGAAGUAGCGAUGAUCACUGCAAUGCUGUACCGUGUGUCUCAAGAUAUUGCUUUGGCAGAGAGUGUAUGUGUGGUCUGAUGUCUACCUUUGGAGCAAAAUAUGGCUAAUGUUCUGGAUGGUAAACGUCUUGGUAACAUUGUGACUCUUUAGAAACCACAUUAGAUACAAGCUCCAACUAAAUAAGGGCUGCCGAUGAGCUAAACAACUCUCGCUCACAAUGACAUUUUACUGCUUAUUUUGUCUUUGGCGGCCACUGGAAAAGAGAAACACAAAGACUGAUCUUGCAAUGAGUUAAAACACAGAUAAACAUUUUUAAUCUCAUCACACUGUUUGGUGCUCUGGGUGAAAUCUCACCUUUGUGGCAUUUGCAUGUUCCCGACAAUCACGUGAAUUUCCAUCUCAUUCCACCAAAGACAUGAAUGCACACACAGUCAGAUUAAGACGUUUUGGAGUUAAUGGCACCCAGUUGUGGCUGCUGAUGGGUUGACAUCACUUGAUGCGAUGCCAUCCUACUGUGCCUCCUCUCAUUGAAUGGCAGGUGCAGACAAACCUUUGCUUAGUGUGAAUGCUGUGGUGCCUUUUGGCUUUUUUAUUAAAAUUUUAUCAAAAUGUUUAAAAAAUUGCUGGAAAGAAUAUUGAAAUAAUUAAUUAGCCACUCUAUGAGAUGUAAAGCAAAAAAAAAAAACCUAAAUCCCAAUAGAUUGGAAUGCUGUUGUCUUUUAUAUUUCUUUUUAUUUUAUUAAUCCCCAAGGGGACAUUGUCUUUUCGCCUGACCAUUAGGGGUCAAAGCACAGGGUCAGCCAUCAUACAGCACCCCUUAACUAACAAAUAUGAAGCCAUUGGUUAUAAAUCCACUUCAUUCUGCCCAGACAGUUUAACAUUUACUGGUAUUGUUUAAAAAACACUAAAGGAUGCCAUGAGUUGAUAUUUACAGCGCGGUACGUUUAUUCAUAAAAAGAGUGUAGAUGUGAGCAUAUUGUGUAACAGUAUGCACUAAGGAGAGAAUCCAGACUUCUGUUAAAAAAUGAUCACAAUCAAGUAUGUAUUCCAUGCAAAUAAGUUCUAAAAUGUUUCACCUUUCAUUUUAAAGUUCACUUUAAAUUUAUUUUGUGUUAUUGCCAUUCCUAAAUUGAUCAGAAAGAGGUUAUAAGUUUAGUAAAUCGCUGAGUAUUUUUUUUUAUAUUUACGUCAGUGUUUUGCACACUGAAUUCAUCAGACAGCCCUGAAAUCCCACUACUCUGAUAAAGUACUCCGUCCUGCUAGCAUGCCAUCUUAUCCUGCUCAGCUUGAAGAAUCCUAACCCACGUAACAGAACACGUGCUUUAUUUAAAAAAAAAAAUCACUUCAUAAGGACUAGAACCGACGUUCUUUAGAAUCCGGUAAAAAAUCCAUUAAUGCUGUCCUGAGUCAUUGGACCCUGCUGAACUAUUGCUCACCUUUUGAAUAUUUCGAUAUCUGAGCGCUUACUUCAUAAUUCAUCUUUUUAUUUUCCCUCCUGUCUUGAAGGUUCAGGUUGUGUUCAGAUUAAAAUGUAGUAAUGUAAGUCUUACUGAAUAGUAAUUUAUUCUUCGUAAUAGAAUCCUUAAAUCAAUACAAUAGAAAUAUACCAAAAAGGGAAGAAAAGUACAAUUGACAUAGAAGUAUGAUGUUUACAUCACUGCAUUUGUUUCCAUUAAAGCAGUUUACCUAAGCUUAAGAAAGGUAAGUUAUUUUUAAGUUGAUUUUCUUCGCUUACUGUAAAGAGUCGUUCUUUUAAAUUUGGUGUUUUUAAAGUUUUUUCUUCACAA